AUGUUAUUCUCAAGGCUUCGUGAUGUCUUCUUGCUGGCAGGAUUCGUUGCUGCCGGUUAUCCCCCCAGGCCAAAGGAUUUGGUAACUAUAAAGUCCAAAUCCCUUCCGGGGGCAACCAUUACCUACAAAGAGGUGCCCAAAGGAGUCUGUGGCAAUGCCAAGUCAUACUCCGGCUAUAUCAACUUCCCUCCCAACUCUAUGCGCGAGGCUCCUCAAGAUUUUCCGGCUCAUAUCUACUUUUGGUAUUUUGAGUCUCAAAUAAACCCAGAAGCCGCCCCCUUGGCUAUCUACAUCAACGGUGGCCCGGGGGCUGGAUCUAUGGUCGGAGUAUUCGUUGAGAGUGGGCCAUGUCGUAUGAGUGAGGAUACCCAGUCAACUUUUCCGAACGAACAUUCGUGGAACAAGGAGGCCAACCUGCUAUAUGUCGACCAACCGGUGCAGACAGGGUUCAGUUAUGAUGUGCUCACCAAUGCCACUCUUGAUCUAAAAACCAACAUAUUGACCCCCGAAGGGCCUGACCAUGAGCCAAGUAAUGAUGGUACUCUUAUCUCUGGAACCUUUGGUAGCGGUGAUCCUAGUAAAACUGCAAAUACUACUCUCAACGCUGCAAGACAUAUGUGGAAUAUCGUCCAGGUCUGGACCCAAGAUUUCGAACCAUACACUCACAAUAGAGGGAACGAUAAGAUUUCGCUCUGGAGCGAGUCAUACGGGGGUCGUUAUGCGCCGGGAUUUAUGGCAUACUUCCUAUCACAGAACAAACGUAUCGAGGCUGGCCUCGUAGCUGGCUCAGUUCUUCACUUAGAUACUGUUGGAAUAAUUAACGGCUGCGUGGAUCUGUUGUCUCAACAGAAGUCAAACAUUGAUUUCCCGCAUAACAAGAACACGUAUGGCAUUGAAGCAAUCGAUGAUGCCGGGUAUGACAAAGCUAUGCAUGCUUACGGCAAAAGGGGAGGAUGUCUUGACCAAAUAUCAGAUUGUCAUGCACUCGCUAAGCGGCUCGAUCCAGAUGGAUAUGGUCACGUUGAUGAAGUCAAUCACGUAUGCGAACGUGCCAACGACUAUUGCAAUACCGAGGUAGACGGUGUUUACGUUUACGGAACGAAAAGAGGCCUUUUUGACAUCGCCCAAUGCCACCUGGACCCAUACCCGUCCAACAGUUUUCUGGGAUACCUAGCGAAGACUGAAGUUCAGGAGGCAUUAGGCGUACCUGCAAACCAUACUGACCCAUCCUACACAGUUGAGCAUGUCUUCAACGUCACAGGAGACUACGUACGAAGCGAUAAGGGUGGGCAUCUACUUGAUAUCGCCAACUUACUGGACGCUGGUGUGAAGGUAGCCAUGGUAUAUGGCGACCGUGACUUCAUAUGUAACUGGGUUGGAGCUGAGAAUGUUAGUCUCUCCAUCGACUACAAGGACGCAAAGAACUUCCGAAAGGCAGGCUAUACGGAUGUUUUCACCGAUGGUUCGAACAUCCCCAAAGCUCAAGUCCGUCAACACGGUCUCUUUUCGUUCACCCGCGUCUUUCAAGCCGGACACAUGAUGCUUGCAUACCAGCCACAAGUCGGCUAUGAGAUUUUCCGCCGUGCCAUGUUCAAUAUGGAUAUUGCUACCGGAACGGUCACCGAGGGUAUCGAGAACUACUCUACGCAAGGAGAGACCAAUUCAACACAUGCUGAGCCCCCAUUACCGACAGUCCCGCCAACCUGCAACAUCUGGAGUUUGGUAAUGACGUGUGCGCAGAACCAAAUUGAGGCGGUUCAAAAAGGAGAGGCGAGCAUCGUGAACAAUAUCAUCGUAAGCCCAACUCAAGCACCAGGUGAAUGUCCCAAACCUCAGCCCACUCAGAAGAGCUGGAUGGAGGGCGGCCGGCAACAGCGAAUAAUUGUUUAG